AUGGUAUCAAAAGGCACGUUACUUUUGUCAUGUCACGGGUUAAUAUGGGCUGCGGCCGUUCUAGCGCUUUGGGCGGGCGGCGCGCGCGCAGCGGCUCGCUACGACACGGCCACGCCGCAUGCGCCGCCUUACAAUAAAUACAAAUAUAUCCCACUGCACAGCGACGGUUACGACUCUGACGACCCCGUGGAGCCCGCCAGCGAGGAGGAACCCAGCGGCUCUCACAUGGCACCCUCCGAGAUGAUACUCACUGGUCUUCGAACCAUUCUGGACGUCAUCAGGAACAUCAAUAAGAAGAGAGCUAGCUCGAAAGCAAUACAAGCUAACUCAACUGCUCUGGCGUUGCAUAGAAACGGCACGGGCAGCGGGCGCGGCUUCGAUGACUACUAUGAUGAGCACCACUACCACGACACGACGACCACGACCGCCAAGCCCAUGAAGCAGGGCCGGUAUACCGACCCCUGGGCCGGGUACUAUGACUGGAUCAUCAACGAGGGCUCUUUCAAGUUCUGGAGCGCUUUCCAGCUCUUCACAGCAGCUCUUCUCCUAUACGCUGCAUUUUCUGCUAUCUACUACGCGAAGUUCAACCCUAUUCUUCCGGACUACAGUAUGGAGUAUGACGACUACUUCCUCGAAAGAACUGUGGGUAGAAAGGCCAGGAGUUUGGAUACAUCGGAGCUACCCUCGGGGCUGAGUUGGAUGAAUUCCAGAACCUUCCAGUUUAUAUUAGAUGCUAUAGUAAAACAUUACGAGGAAGAAUAG